UUUAAGCAUCAACAUAUCUCAAAGCACAAGCAAUCCAUGCUUUUUCCAUAGAAUAGAAAAUGUGCGACCAUAUUAGCCCAAUUUUUGUGUAGACUCUACUUUGAUUUUUACUAUAAUUCUGUGUAAAUUGAGUUUAGAUAAUUUUUUUUCUGUAUAUAAAGUGCCAAUUUGCUGCUUAAAUUCUAAAGCCAAUUCAAGGAAAAGAAAACAAGAUUAAGAAAGCCAUGAAAAUCCAACUUCUCUUAACACUUCUUCUUUCGUUGCUCCUAAUACUCCCAACUACGCCACAGAAUAAUUUUGCAUGCGACCAGAGAAGUCCUGAAACAAGCCAAUAUCCCUUUUGUAAUACAACCCUUUCCUAUGAGGAUCGAGCCAAGGACCUUGUUUCACGUCUAACACUCCAAGAAAAGGUGCAACAACUAGUAAAUCAUGCAGCUGGAGUUUCCAGGCUUGGCAUCCCAGCCUAUGAAUGGUGGUCGGAGGCGCUGCAUGGGGUUUCAGAUGUUGGUUUUGGAGUACGUUUCAAUGCCACAGUGCCCGGCGCCACUAGCUUCCCAGCAGUGAUUUUGUCAGCUGCUAGUUUUAACGAGACACUGUGGUUGAAGAUGGGGCAGGUGGUGUCAACAGAGGCUCGAGCCAUGCACAACGUGGGACUAGCGGGGUUGACAUUUUGGAGUCCUAAUGUUAAUGUGUUCCGGGACCCUAGAUGGGGCCGUGGCCAAGAGACACCUGGUGAGGAUCCACUGGUGGUGUCAAAAUAUGCAGUGAAUUACGUUAGGGGCUUGCAAGAAGUUGGUGAAGAAGAGAAUUGUACAAGAGGUGAUAAGCUUAAAGUUUCAAGCUGUUGCAAGCAUUAUACUGCUUAUGAUCUUGACAAAUGGAAAGAUGUUGAUCGAUUUCACUUUGAUGCUAAGGUGACAAAACAAGACCUAGAGGACACAUAUCAGCCACCAUUUAGGAGUUGCGUAGAGGAUGCACAUGUGAGUAGUGUGAUGUGUUCAUAUAACAAGGUGAAUGGAAUUCCUACUUGUGCUGAUCCUGACCUGCUCAAAGGGAUUAUUAGAGAUCAAUGGAAUCUUGAUGGGUAUAUUGUCUCUGACUGUGAUUCCAUUGAGGUUUAUCAUGACAGAAUGAACUACACAGCUACUCCUGAAGAUGCAGUAGCCCUUGCUCUGAAAGCAGGCUUGAACAUGAACUGUGGAGAAUUUUUACGCAAGUAUACGGAAAAUGCAGUGAAAUUGAAUAAAGUAGAAGAAUCUGUUGUAGACCAGGCCUUACUCUACGACUUCAUCGUUCUGAUGAGACUCGGUUUCUUUGACGGGGAUCCAAAAUCACUCCUAUUUGGGAAUCUUGGACCGUCUGAUGUAUGCAGUAAUGAACAUCAACUGCUGGCACUUGAUGCUGCAAGACAAGGAAUAGUCUUGUUAGACAACAAUGGAGCUCUUCCCUUGUCUAAAAACACCACCAAAAGCUUAGCAGUUAUAGGACCAAAUGCUAAUGUCACUGCAACUAUGAUAAGCAACUAUGCUGGUAUUCCCUGCCAGUACACCACCCCAUUACAAGGGCUACAAAAUUAUGUCCCAACAGCUACAUUUGAAGCUGGAUGUUCAGUGAGUUGCACUGAUGAUACACAAUUCGAGGCGGCGGCUAAGGUUGGAUCAACAGCUGAUGCAGUGGUGGUGGUUGUAGGGCUUGAUCAGUCAAUAGAGAGAGAGGAAUUGGAUAGAGAGAACUUGAUAUUGCCAGGAUAUCAGGAGAAACUUGUAUUGGAUGUUGCUAAUGCAGCAAAUGGAACAGUGAUUCUUGUUGUUAUGUCUGGUAGUCCUGUUGAUGUUUCCUUUGCCAAGAACAACAGCAAGAUUGGUGGGAUUUUAUGGGUUGGCUAUCCUGGGCAAGCAGGAGGAGAUGCCAUAGCCCAAGUCAUAUUUGGAGACUACAAUCCAGCUGGAAGGUCUCCAUUUACUUGGUACCCACAAGCGUACGUGGAUCAAGUGCCAAUGACAAACAUGAACAUGCGAGCUAACGCAAGUGGAGACUAUCCUGGAAGAACCUACAGAUUCUACACAGGAGAAACUAUUUACAAGUUUGGCCAUGGAUUAAGCUAUUCAACCUUCUCCAAGUUCAUAGUUUCAGCUCCAUCAACUCUACCAAUAAAACCAAACUCUCACCUCAAAGCAAAUACCAUUCUCUCAGUUGAUGACUCCAUAGAGAAAUACCCUUUUGCCAAUAAUCAAGCCAUCGACGCUUCAUCCCUGAACUGCACAAGUUUGCAACUAGUUCUCGUCAUUGGAGUGAGAAACAACGGGCCAAGGAAUGGAGACCAUGUGGUGCUAGUGUUUUGGAAGCCACCAAACACCGCAGAGGUCAGUGUUGCACCAAGUUUGGAGCUGGUUGGGUUCAGCAGGGUGGAGGUUAAUAGAGGGAAGACAAAGAACACUACAGUGGUAAUAGAUGUUUGCAAGAGACUUGCUCUGGUGGAUAGUGAAGGGAAAAGGAAACUUGUAACAGGCCAACACACAUUUAUAAUUGGAUCUUCUAGCGAUAGACAAGUUAGGCACCAUGUUGAUAUUAGAUUGGCUCAAUAUGAACUAGGAGAAAGCAGAGUUUCUAUGUAAAUUUAGUAUGGCGUUGUGGGUAAUGCUGUGAGAGUUUAAUAUUAACUAAAUAAAUUUAUUAACA